GAGCGAUGUUCCGUUGACUAUAUCUACAUUUCAUCAUCAAUCAAUCUUAGGGAACAAAUAUCUUCGCCCCUCGCAUCAUUUCCUCUUCAAUCUCUGAAAUUAUCCUUCAUCUUCAUCCGUUUGCAUCUUUUGCACGUUUCAGGGCACCUUAUUUCAGUUUUUCUCCGGAGGCUAUUUGUUGGCGGAUCAACUGAGUUAUGGGUUGCUUUUCUUUUUUAAAUCGUAGCAAGUUCCAUUCAUCUGAAAUGAAUGAAGAUCUCUAUGGCAUGAGAAAUGUGAGCGUCUUCUCCUACAAGGAGCUAAGAGUUGCCACCAAUGGUUUUUGUCCUACGAAUAAAAUUGGAGAGGGCGGGUUUGGCUCAGUUUAUAAGGGAAGACUUAAAAAUGGGAAGAUGGCUGCAAUAAAGGUUUUAUCUGCUAAAUCAAGACAGGGAGUGCAGGAGUUCUUGACUGAAAUUCAAGUUAUUUCAGAUAUGGAACAUGAAAAUUUAGUUAAGCUGUAUGGAUGCUGUGUGGAAGAUGAUCAUAGAAUUCUUGUCUACAACUAUCUUGAAAACAAUAGUCUUGGCCAUUCCCUUCUAGGUGGAGGGUGCAGCGGAGUCCAGUUUGACUGGAAAACACGGACUAAAAUUUGCAUUGGGGUAGCAUUGGGACUAACGUAUCUUCAUGAGCAAGUGAGACCACACAUUGUCCACCGAGAUAUAAAAGCAAGUAAUAUUCUCCUUGACAAAGAUUGGACACCCAAGAUUUCUGAUUUUGGCUUAGCAAAACUCAUUCCCCCAGAUAAGACUCAUGUCAGCACACGUGUUGCAGGCACUUUAGGUUAUUUGGCACCAGAAUAUGCAAUAAGGGGCCAGUUGACACGUAAAGCAGAUAUAUAUAGUUUUGGUGUUCUUCUCAUUGAAAUUAUCUGUGGGAGAUGCAACACAAACACAAGAUUACCCAUUGAAGAACAACAUCUCCUUGAAAAGGUAUGGCGACUUUAUGAAAGAGAAGAGCUUGUACUACUCGUAGAUUCAUCCCUUGAUGGGCAGUUUGAUGCCGAACAAGCCUGUAGAUUCUUACAAAUCGGACUUCUCUGCACUCAAGAUAACCCGAAGCUUCGGCCUUCAAUGUCCCGUGUUGUCAAGAUGUUAACAGGGGAAAUGGAGGUCGAGAAGGAUAAUAUUACAAAGCCUGGGUUAAUAACUGAUUUCAUGGAUCUCAAGAUUAAAAAUCCUCCCAAAACUAAUCUUGCAAGCGUUAAAGCUGUGUAUGAUUAUAUAUUAUCUUCUGAGUCUGAUAAUUCAACUCUGCUGUCCGGAGCUUCUUCCCAUGUUACCACCUUCACAACAAAUGAUUAGAGCACAGAACAUGUACAUUAUUUUAGAGAUCACUUCAAAAUGUAGCUCUCCUUGGGUGCUGAGGAGCCUUGUUACUUUUGUUAAUU